GCUUUCCGCUUUUUCCCAUCUUUCUCUCUCUAAAUGAAGAAACUUUCCUUUUCUUUCUCUCUCUAACUGUUAUGGGCUUUGCAGAAGGGGAAGCACACAGACGACGCAUUUCCUCUGUUCUCCCUCUCUCUCCCUCUCUCCACAUGCAACCACAUUGAUUGAUGGGCAAUCUCUGCGCCUGCCUCUCCCCCCGACCCGCGAAGAAGCGGACCCGCCCCGUCAAGCGCCUCUCCAAUCCGCCCCACGCCGGCGCCGCCGCCAGCAAUCGGUGGUCCAGGGUCCGAUCGUCCAGCAAGGACAAGUUCGAUGACUCCGCGCUGAUCCGGGAGCAGGCCCUCGCCGCCGCGAUCCUCUUCCGCCAGCAGCAGCACAACGGCUCCCUCCCGCAAUUCGACCGUUCCGCCUCCCUCCGCUACCCUAACUCUACCUCUUUCUCCUCCUCCAAGAGGCAGUCCCUCCCGCGGAGCUCCAGCUCCAGAGCUCGGUCGCUCACCGAUCCUCUGCUUCAGCCUCACCAGCUCGUUAACCAGGAUCUGCAGAUUGCCGACCUAGAAACCAGCCAUUUUGUACUAGUUCAUGGAGGUGGCUUUGGUGCUUGGUGUUGGUAUAAAACUAUAGCACUUCUAGAGGAAGGCGGUUUCAAGGUCACUGCAAUAGAUUUAACUGGUUCAGGCAUCGACUCUUUUGAUACAAAUGGCAUCGCCACUCUUUCUCAGUACGCGAAGCCAUUGACAGACUUUCUCGAGAAGCUUGCUGAUGGAGAGAAGGUUGUUCUGGUGGGACAUGAUUUUGGGGGUGCUUGCAUAUCACAUGUAAUGGAGUUGUUUCCUCAUAAAAUUGCAAAGUCUGUCUUCGUUGCUGCUGUGAUGUUGACGAGUGGGCAAAGUGCUCUCGACUUGUUGAAGCAGGCUGCCGGUUCGAAUGAUUUCAUACAAGAGGCUCAGAUAUUUUUGUAUGGACAUGGGAAGGAUCAGCCUCCAACUGCUAUCGAACUGGACAGAUCAUUGCUGAAGGAUCUAUUAUUCAACCAAAGCCCAGCAAAGGAUGUUGCAUUAGCAUCUGUUUCGAUGAGACCCAUCCCGUUCCCUCCACUGCUGGAGAAGCUCUCACUCUCGCACCUGAAGCAUGGAUCAGUAAGACGGUUCUAUAUUGAGACUCCAGAAGAUCACGCCAUACCCAUCGCAGUUCAAGAAGCAAUGAUCAGCUCAGGCCCACCAGAGCGCGUGUUCCGCCUCAAAGGUGCCGAUCAUUCACCCUUCUUUUCCAAGCCUCAGGCCCUUCACAAACUCUUGGUAGAGAUCGCAAAGAUUCCCUCGGCCUCGUAGUCUUACAAAAGAAGACAAGAUGACAUAAUAUCACCCGCCCUAAUUGAGUCGGUAAUUUGCACCGAGAGAUUAGUUUCCUUAUAGGUCAAUAAUAUCCGGCCUACCUACCAAGGAUCCUCCUAAAAUGUUUAGAUCCUGUUCAGUCGAGGAUCUUAUAUGCAUCAAGAUCAGAAUCGAAGACAUAAAAGUUUUGGUUACAUCUUAUUAAUUUAUGUUGUAAGAGAUGUCCAUAUCAAAUUCAGGUCUGAUGUUCAAAGUACUCUUUGUUUUUUUCUUCUAUAUGCAUUUUUUUGUAUCUUGGUUACUAUGGCACCAAUCUCGUAGAGGAUAGAGGAAGAAGGAGAAAUAAAGGGAUACAAGAAGUCUUAUUGAUUUAUUCAUUUCAGUACGA